AUGUCCCUGUUGCCAACCGAGCUUUUGCAUCUCGACUUCCCCUGUCUAGCUCAGGAAANGGAAACCUGGAAGUAUCCCAACCCUCGUGCUUCUUUCGGGUGGCAUAGCAGCUGGGUACCGGAAGAGUCAAAAUAUUCAACAAUCUUGCGUGCCUUGUUGCGUGGGCUGGCCAAACCUGAGGGAGCAGGAAUUAAGGUACUGAUGUCUGAUUCUUAG